AUGCGUCGAAAAAGCGCAAAAAACGAGCCGCAGCCACGGUCGAUUGUUUGCCAAAUGCAGCACACUAUUGUCAACGAUUAUCGAAAUAUCCAAAUCUCGCAAUUACUUGGUGAUGAGGAAAUCAUUCUUGAAAAUAUGGUUCAAUUUCAACCAGCCGAUCUCUACAAUGUCGCUGCACAACCCGUCGAAGCGAUCGAGGCUCGUGCUGCGAAACGCCGCUCCUCUCACGUAUUCGAGGAUCAAGAGCUCGAGAAAAAGGCAACAAAACGCAUCUCACUCUCGCAAACUUUCGGUGACACGAAGAAGCUUAAAACGAUGGACCAAAUGGAGAAACGACAAGUGCAAGAUGAAACAAUGGUCGAAAUGAAAGAAACAGCGCUCGCUUCGACGUCGGUGAUCAAAAAAGAAGGGGAAAGCUUCUCGAUUGAUGGAAUCACAGCCAUUAGAACUGAGGAAGUUUCCGAUGUUUUACCCAAAGCUAAUCUUGAAGUAAUGUUUGGCAAAGACGUCUACCCAAGAGCACUUUUUGUCACCGAUGAAGAGAUGGAGAGUUUCGCUGAUCUUUGUCAAAGCACGAUGUCAAAAGGAUACGAUGAGUUCAACUAUGAAUGGAAAAAUGAGACGAAAAAUGACUUCCCGCCAUUUUACAAGCACUGGCUUGGCAGUAAUGGCAAAGAUUCGACAAUUUGUACCCUUCGUUGCUUCUGUGCUGCAAUGCUAUAUCUCAUUAAAACGACCAAGGGUCGAUCAAGUCUCUCAACUUUAUCCACAAAGAACGGUCCAUUUCCAAUGAUUAUCCUCGAGACGAUUCAGGAUAAAUAUUUCAAAUCCGAAAAAACCCUCGCUCGAAACAAAGUGCUGACGGUGAACAUCGGGAAAAUGGAAUGCGAUCGUUUACUAGCUCAUACAAUCGCUUUCGCGCUAACAAUCGAUCCUGAUAAUCGAAUUUAUCCAGUGGAAUGGUCGGCAUUCACUCGUUUUUCCGCUCCAAUCAUUGACAAGAUUGGCAUGGCUCUUGGGGCUCAUAAAGAAGCGAUUCCAGUGGCACAUAAACAACAAAGAGGCAACUAUUCCCUUGUCCUCUCCGGCCCACCCAAGCCACUCGGUACUCCACGUGCGCGAAGAAAAAGAAAA